GCAUGUACUGGUUCAGGGACUCACCACCCUGGCGUCCUCCCUUCUUCUCUUGCAGAGUCCGACGUGCCCCCGGGCUGCCGCCAUGGAACCCCUGUUCCCAGCUUCCACGCCCAGCUGGAACGCCUCCUCCCCGGGGGCUGCCUCCUCCCCGGGGGCUGCCUCCGGAGGCUUUGACAACAGGACGCUGGUGGAGCCGGUGCCCUCGGUGGGGGCCCGGGCAGUACUGGUGCCUGUGCUGUACCUGCUGGUGUGUGCGGCUGGGCUGGGCGGGAACACGCUGGUCAUCUACGUGGUGCUGCGCUUUGCCAAGAUGAAAACGGUCACCAACAUCUACAUCCUCAACCUGGCGGUGGCCGACGUCCUCUACAUGCUGGGGCUGCCCUUCUUGGCCACGCAGAACGCUGCGUCCUUCUGGCCCUUUGGCCCCGUCCUGUGCCGCCUGGUCAUGACACUGGAUGGUGUCAACCAGUUCACCAGUGUCUUCUGCCUGACGGUCAUGAGUGUGGACCGCUACCUGGCCGUGGUGCACCCGCUGAGCUCCGCCCGCUGGCGCCGACCGCGUGUGGCCAAGCUGGCGAGCGCCGCGGCCUGGGCCCUGUCUCUGUGCAUGUCGCUGCCGCUCCUGGUGUUCGCAGACGUGCAGGAGGGCGGCACCUGCAACGCCAGCUGGCCGGAGCCCGUGGGGCUGUGGGGCGCCGUCUUCAUCAUCUACACGGCCGUGCUGGGCUUUUUCGGGCCGCUGCUGAUCAUCUGCCUGUGCUACCUGCUCAUCGUGGUGAAGGUGAGGGCGGCGGGCGUGCGCGUGGGCUGCGUGCGGCGGCGCUCGGAGCGGAAGGUGACGCGCAUGGUGUUGGUGGUGGUGCUGGUGUUCGCGGGAUGCUGGCUGCCCUUCUUCACCGUCAACAUCGUCAACCUGGCCGUGGCGCUGCCCCAGGAGCCCGCCUCCGCCGGCCUCUACUUCUUCGUGGUCAUCCUCUCCUACGCCAACAGCUGCGCCAAUCCCGUCCUCUACGGUUUCCUCUCUGACAAUUUCCGCCAGAGCUUCCAGAAGGUUCUGUGCCUCCGCCAGGGCUCUGGCGCCAAGGACGCUGACGCCAUGGAGCCGCGGCCAGAUAGGAGCCGGCAGCAGCAGGAGGCUAUGCCGCCCGCGCAUGGCGCUGAAGCCAAUGGGCUUAUGCAGACCAGCAAGCUGUGAGGGCCCCGGGGGGAUGGGUGGCCCCGUGUCACCCCCAGGUGCACUGCAGUGACCCCCACCCAUGACCUGCCAGUCAG